AUGGGGAGGAGGAGCGCAACCGAGCACCCACCCUGGCGCGGAGACCGGGCACCGCGGAAUGGAGCCCCACGCGCGCACACUGCCGGGAUUAAAGCCGAUCACAUGGGGAGGGCCGGGGGCGAGCGAGGAGAGGCAGGGCCGCGAUGUCAGUGCCACCAGCCGCGCCUCGGCGUCCCCGGCGGCGGAAAGGCGGCCGCCGCUGCCGCCGCCGCCGCUGCUUCCCCACACCGAGCGCCGCCGUCCGCAGCCGCCGGAGACGUCCCGCUCCGCGCUCGCCACGCUCCCCUCCGUCGCCCGCGCGCCUUCACUCACAGGCACAGCUGCGGAGCUCGGCAGACAGUCCCGGCACAACCUCCCCGCCGCCGCCGCCGCCGCCACCGCGCCCGCCUCCACCGCCGCCUCCGCCCCUUCCUCCUGCCGGCCCCCGCCUCCCGCGCCCCGGCCGCCGCCUCCUCCCCGCGGAGCCCACCCGCUCCCGCCCCGACGUCGGAGCUGCGGGCGCUCGUUGGCUGGCGCGCGCGUCACUCACGGCCUCCCCGCUCGCCCCGCCCCCUGCCGCGCCGUCCCCGCCCCGCGCGCUGUUUUCUCCGCGGCCAGUCGGGCGGGCGUGCUCCUCCCCCGCCCGGUCCCCGCUCAGGUGUCAGUGUGGCUGCAAGGCUGGGAUUAGGGAAGGAGAAUGGGCGGGGGGUCGCGCUGGGAGGAGAGGGGCUCCACCCCAACCCACUGGGCUUCCGCCCCUGCCCCGCGCACACACCCCGGCCGCGCUGGCAGCCGUGCCAGGCCAGCCCGGCUCAGCCGCAGUGGCCUCGAAGCCCACGGUGGAUCGGCACUCGCGUUGGAAGGAGACCAAAGGAAAGAAUGCGGGAUGCGGGAGGCCACAGAGUGACAGUAGCCCAGAUCUCCUCUCUGACCUGCCUGCCGCGCCACGGAAUGAGGAGCAGGUCUCCCCCUCUGCCAGAAGGUCACCUCCGCACAGACCCUCGCAGACUAACCGCAACGCCAAGGACGAGCCAGGAGGUUGGAGCCUCUUUGGGAAUAAUGGAGAGAGCUGAAUAA